CACUUAUUCCUUCCUUCUCCAAUUUAAAAACAUCUGUUUAGUUUCUUGCUUCCUCUUCUUCAAAACAUUGUACGAGUCUCAAUCUCUAACUGAUCCAAUUUCCUUUUUUUAAAAAUGGGAAUUGCGAAGAAAUCUCAAGUUAGCAGAGGAUUCGAAACCGAGGGAAAAAAGUUUGUCUUCGCCAAAGUUUCGAUUCGAGCUUCACUGAAGCCGGUGAAAACGAAACUCAUAAAGCCAGAGAGAGAAUCAGAAGCUGAAGAAGAAGAUGAAGUUUGUAUCACUCCCACGGAGAGAGGAGCAAAGACGUCGGAGAAACUGAAAUGUCCAGCGGCUCCAAGGAAACGCCAACCGGUGUUGAAAUGUCGAAGCAAUAUCGGUAUAGAGUUCUUUGUGCCUCCUUCAGAUUUGGAGUCGGUCUUUAUACAACGCCGUUAAUGUAAAAAGAUAAAAGUACUAAAGAGUUCUAAGUUUGUGUUUUUUUUCCUUUGUGCUCAAGUCAUAAUCAUUUUUGAAUUACUCUUAUGUUUGGUUUGGUACAAAAGCAUUACUCUUAUGUUCAUAAGUCUAAUAAGCGUUCAAUUCCCAA